AUGGGUACCGUUAACGUAACCAAAGAAAGCGAAGAAUCUAUGCUGGCUAGACAUAGCGCUGAGCGGAAGGACCUGCAGAACAAGAUAACCGGGAUGAAAAAACAAGCCACAAAAUCCAAACGAAAACAGGUUAAUGCGCGCUGUGAGGAGCUCGAGCAUCAGCUGUUGGAGAAACAAAGACUCGAGCUUGCGUCCCAGAAACAGACUGACUAUAAUGAAUCUAAAGAUGUCGAUGUGACACCGGAAUCUCUGCUCGAGAGUCUGCAGCUGGGCUCAACGCCAGCUGUAGAAACGGAAUCAGAGGCUCCUCGAAAUACGCCGGUUGAGCCCCCAGUCCAGCCAAAAAAACGUCGCAAUCGUCAAAAAGAAAGAAUAGCCAGGCGGGAGGCAGAACUCGCCCAAGUCAGGAAAGAUGCAGCUCUUGAGGCCGCAAACCAGCCAGACCUGAAGCAAAUGGAGCAAGACGCUCUCGAGGAGGUGUGUAGGGUGAAUAACCUUCGGCAACAUGACAUUCAGCCGGACGGCCAUUGUUUGUUUGCUUCUAUCUUAGACCAAAUGAGAGCCCGCCAUCAGUCAAACGCAAGCUAUUGUAUUCCCUCCGGCUACCACAAGUCCUUGGACCCCCAAGACUUUGACGUAUAUGCCCUUAGGUCGCUGUCUUCCUCAUACAUACGAGAGCACGCGGAGAAUUUUGUCCCCUAUCUCUUUGACGAGGCCACACUGACCAUCAAAGACAUCGACGAGUACACUAAAACAAUGGAGGAAAGUGCUCAGUGGGGAGGUGAGGUUGAAAUUUUGGCUCUUGCCAAGGUCCUGAAUUGCUGUAUUAGCGUUAUGAUGAGUGGUAGGGCCACGCACCGGGUGAACGCCGAUGAAAAAACUAACCCAGAGAUCAAGCUCGUCUAUUAUAAACAUAGCUACGCUCUCGGUGAGCACUAUAACUCAUUACGCGACAUGUGA